UACAAACCACUACUUUGCACCACUUAUUGACAUUGAACAACAUUGAAUUACUCAUUGAUUCGAAGCUUUCGUCUCCUCAAUCGCUCCCAAUGGCAUCGCAUACCGCGUCCCAACGCUAUCUCAGCACUCGAGGCGGCUCGUAUGAUUUCUCUUUCGAAGAAGUCGUGCUCAAGGGCCUAGCCUCCGAUGGCGGUCUGUUCAUCCCAGAAGACAUCCCCACACUCCCCAGUGAUUGGGCCUCGAGAUGGCGGAAUCUCUCCUUCGAAGACCUCGCAUAUGAGAUAUUCUCUCUAUACAUUUCGUCCGCCGAGAUACCGUCCGCCGAUUUGAAGGACAUCAUCCGCCGCAGCUACGCCACGUUUCGAACGAAGGACGUCACCCCGACCGUGACCCUCGACAAGGAUAAGAACAUACACCUGUUGGAGCUUUUCCAUGGCCCGACAUUUGCGUUCAAGGAUGUGGCUCUGCAAUUCCUUGGGAAUCUCUUCGAGUACUUCCUCGUGCGGAGGAAUCAGGGCAAGAUCGGGCGCGCCAGGGAACAUCUGACCGUCAUCGGCGCGACGAGCGGGGACACGGGUUCUGCAGCCAUCUAUGGCUUGCGUGGGAAGAAGGACGUCUCGGUCUUCAUCAUGCACCCUCAUGGAAAGGUUAGCGCCAUCCAGGAAGCACAGAUGACUACGGUCAUGGACGCAAACGUGCACAACCUGGCUGUUGAUGGCACAUUCGAUGACUGCCAGGACUUCGUGAAAGCUCUGUUCGCCGACCCUGAGAUCAACAAGACACACCGCCUCGCUGCCGUAAACUCCAUCAACUGGGCUCGUAUCCUCGCGCAAAUCACCUACUAUUUCUAUUCAUACUUCAACCUCAUCCGACAACCGUCCUUCCUUCCCGCCUCCACAGUCCGAUUUGUCGUGCCGACAGGUAACUUCGGCGAUAUCCUCGCUGGCUACUUCGCGAAGCGCAUGGGGCUGCCGGCCGAGAAGCUUGUCAUUGCUACGAACGAGAACGAUAUCCUUCACCGAUUCUGGCAAUCAGGCAAGUACGAGAAGAAGCCUGUCCACGGCAAAGAGGCGGAAGGUGGCAUACCUGAGGACGGAGUCAAGGCACACGAGAGCGGGGUGAAGGAGACGCUGAGCCCAGCGAUGGACAUCCUCGUCUCGUCAAAUUUCGAGCGGCUGCUCUGGUAUCUUGCUUAUGAGGUCUAUAGCACGUCUUCGGAUGCUAUCUCCCAGCGCCGCGCCCAGGCUGGAGAUCAUGUGCGGUCAUGGCUGAACGAUCUCAAGUCGGAGGGUGGCUUCAGCGUUGACCCGAAAAUACUUGAAGCAGCGCAGCAGGACUUCACCUCAUAUCGUGUUAGCGACGACGAGACCGUCGAUACCAUCAAGAGCAUUUUCUCCUCCCCUUCAUCACAGAGCUACGUUCUUGAUCCGCACUCCGCUAUUGGCAUCUCAGCGGCGCUCCGCUCCGCGGAAGUGUCUAAGCCGCCUUCAACACAUCACAUCUCUCUGGCAACUGCACAUCCGGCAAAGUUCAGCAAUGCCGUCGAACGGGCGUUGCCAGAUGAGAAGGCUUAUUUUGAAGAGAAGGUGCUACCCGCUGAGUUCAAGGGUCUCGAGGACAAGCCGCGGAGAGUGAGUCUGGUCAAGAAGACAGAUGGCUGGCAGGGUGUGAGAAAGGUAGUUAUCGCCGAGGUGGAGGCAGAGCUACAGGCUGCUGAAAGGGCGAGCAAAUAAACGCUUGUGCAGGGGCAGAGCAGGUUUAGGCGUCUCAUCGGUAGACUGGUAGAGGUCAAAAGCGUUACGUUUGUAUAGAUUCCAUUUUGUUGCCAAAACACGGUCGUCUUCUUCAAAGUCGUUCGAUAUUUCAGUCUCAAUAUUUGUACGU